AGAUGCUUUUUCUUUUUGCUUGCUUUGCUUGCAAUUUUGCAAAAUUCGAUUUGCAUUUUCAACAUUUGGCAUUCAACAGUAUACACGCUGGAUAAUGUAAAAAGUAAUUAAUAAUUGAUUGAUACUGUUGCUUGUGUGCAGUUACAACAAACGUAAUAUUGUUAAAUCGACCGUGAGUCUGAGAGACAAAGUUUGUACCAAAUUAAUCAACAUGAAGCUAUUUUUUUUAUUUAAAAUCAUUUUGUGGUUUUGCUCGAUUCGUGCGGAAGAAUACAAUUUAUCCGGUGAUGCCGGCCAAGCGUACUCAAUAGAUAUUCUUAUGGGACACCCUAAACAAAAGCUUCGAGUUAUUGUUGAUACUGGUAGUACAACGUUGGCUAUAGCUUCUUACGCACGGCGUGAAAAUGACGAAUAUUUUCAUGUGGAUAACUCCACAACAUUGGACGACAGCGGCAAGGAGGUUCAGGCGAAGUAUUCACAAGGCAAUUGGAUAGGACAUUAUGUGACAGAUUUUGUUGAAAUACCAUCAUUGAAGAAUAUUCGAGAAGUAAGAUCAGAUUUUGCAAUUAUAACAAAGAGUCACAAGUUCUUCGUGAAUGGAUCAGGUUGGCAGGGUCUUCUCGGCUUGGCAUACGAACCAGUAGGGGCGUGGGGAGAGCAUGUUAUAGUUGGAUCUUGGUUGGACUCCCUUGAAUGUGAUUUGGGCAAAAGUGUCAGCUUUGAAUUGAAAUUGUGCGGAGUUCAAAGCACAACUAAUGCUACUCACUAUGGAAAGUUUUCUAUGAUAGUUGAUGAGAAUAUACCAAAUAACACAUCUCCGUUUCGAACACCAAUUCUCCACAAGCGAUGGUAUGAAGUUGGCGUUCUUGCAAUCGGCAUCAGGCAUCCAAAUGAGACUUUGAAUAAUUCAAUCACACCUGACACAUUUGUUUCCGAUAACCCUAAUGAAGAAAUGUGCCAGAAACUCAAUCAGCAGAAAAGUAUUGUUGACAGUGGUACUACUGAUAUUAGAUUACCAGAUGAAGUAUACAGAGAGUUGGUGCACAAAUUAAGGCAAGAGUCCCAGGCACUGAACAUGCUAAUAUUAGAUGAAUUUUGGUAUCAUGGUGAGGCAGCUUGCUGGCCCGAGCCUCAAGAGUGGUUAGCGCUGCCGUGGCUUCAAAUUGCCCUACUGAGCGAUGUCGCUGACAACCAAUACUUCACUUUGGAGAUACCGCCUCAGAAUUAUAUGCGAGUGGUGACCGCUCGCAAUAGUAGCGGGGACGGUGGCUCGGUGUCUCAGUUCUGCUACAAGUUGGGGCUGGAGGCGGGCGGCGUGGAUACAGUGCUCGGAUAUACUGCUAUGGAGGGUUUGAAGGUACUUUUCAACAGAUCAGGAGGUUGGAUUGGCUUCGAGACAUCCUCCUGUGGGCCCAACGCUCGCGUAUCAGGCCCGUACACCGUUCCAUACUCCUUCAUCGAUUCCUGCAAGCUCACCAGAUCGGAUUCUGAGACAGCAGUCUCCAUAAAGGCUGCACAAUGGGCCCUAUGUGUCAUAUCUAUUGUAGCCGGGUUUGUACUGAUAUAUCUUUUGGCACCAGCUGUCAGGAUGUGCAUAUUGAGAAGGAGACAAAGCUCGGCGCAUUCUGUAUCGCAAGACGCGUUGGUUGAUCAGGAAUUGAGUUAAAAUGGCUGCUGUUAUGGGCAGAAACUUUUGAAAAACUGAUCUUUACGCUGUCUCUCUUACUCAUGCACGGUUAUUGUGUGAGUGAGAGAGGCAGUGAUUCAGCGUAAAGUCUCUGAAGCAAGUAAUUGCAAAAUUGAGAGAAGAACAACCGAUAAAACAUUAAAAAUGAAUGAAUAUUUGACUCUCUCGCACUUGCACGCUCCUUGGAUGAGUGAGAGGGACAAAUUAUUUUUGAGAAAGUGUGACUUCAAGAUAUCGUAGUCAAGAACAGAUGACAACCCAUCAGACCUUUGUUGUUGUAGCAAAAUCGAAUCUUUUACAAUUAGAUAAAAUACAAAAUUCUUUAGUUUGAUGUGUCGUCUUCUGCCGGGCUAGGAUGCUCGCCGUGAUAAAAUCUUAUCGAUUUAGACGACAAAUGUAUGGGCUUAUCGCGUAAAAAGGGAUAAAAUGGCGCGGUCAAGCUCAUCGCAGCGCGCAUCCUAGGCUUACCUACUUAUCAAGUAAAGAGGAAAAUGUAAUGUGAUUUAUGUUUAGGUAAUAACAAGUUUAACUUGUUAUCGGUUUGCCAAUUGACAUUAUCUCUUGAAAUAUAGAAACAGACAAGUCUCAAGCAGUAGUAGUAUGUGCUGCAUAAAUAAAUAGUCGUGUACGAAUACUAAUAUAACAUUUCACUAGUACGCUAAUGUGUUUUAAAUUAGUCAGUGUAACAUAAAUUACGUAGUUAAAUUACACUAACAUUUUGUGUUGUGGCUGGAACCAUCAAAAAGUUCUAUAAGAGUGAUAUUUUAUCAUAAGUCUGAAUGUAUAGUUAAGUUUUAAUUUAUCUCAAUUAACUUAUGAAAAUUUGUGGUAAUUAUGAAUGUGUGAUACUUAUAGUGAUAAGUUAGUUAUCAAGAAUUUUGAAUUUCAUAAAUUCAGUGACUUUAUUUUCCAACUAUAGAAAUAAAAUACAAAAACAUUUUUUCCAAGUUAUUGUGUCAUUUAAAAAUCAUAGUCUAGUCUAGUCAAAUAAGGAAAACAAUUUUAAAAAUUGCUUUGUUUAGUGACUCGUGUACCGGACUACAAAACCGUAUAUUAAGUUACUCGUUAACAAUCCAAUAUCUUAUGGCAUAAAUUGGUAUUCUUUGCAAAUUAUUUUUACAAUAAUUGUAUUGAACACUGAAGGAUAACACUUGAUUUUACGCUUCUGUUUAGUAUUAGUUUUAAAGACUGUAGUUAGUUAUCCAAUUUUGUGCUGUUUUAGCGUAAGUUCUUAGAUAUGUAAUACAUGUUUUCAUAGCUUCCGAUGCUUGUAGUAUAAUUUAUAUGGAAUUAGUUUGCUCAAUUGUCCAUAAAUGCGAGUGGAUUUGCUCCAAAAUGUGCUUGCGUGUGAUUUCUUUUUAGUAUCAAGUGAUACUUUGUCACACUUUGAAGUGACUAGUUUAGUAGUGACUCGAUCCGGUGAUCCUGUGGUCAGUAGCUUUACCGUGAGUUACAUUAAACGUCAUUGCUAACGAGUGCGUCAAAAAAUCUAUAAAGAUUUUAGUUCUUGGAAGUUACUGCUAGGGGCGCUGUACAAUUUGUCGUACAUUUCCUGUAUUUUUUUACGCAGUCACUAGCUAUUAGCACACCUAAUGUAAAUAGUAAGAACACUGUCCUCAAAUCAGAAACAUAUGAAAAUCGCUUUCUUUGCUACUCCUUUGUUUGGUGUUUUCGAUUCUUCGAAAAAACGUGACUGAGCCAUGUCUAUUUCAGACGCUUAUGGUAGCUCAGAAAGUUAGACAACAGUGAUGUGACGUGACUCCAGAUUGUAUCUCACAUUAGAGAAGAAAAAAUUUUAUUUAUGAAGAGUUUUUCUUAUUCUUUUGUUUCUGAUUGAUGAAGGCCAGUUAUUUAUAGGACCUACAUCAAUCCGAUAGUAACUACGCUUGCAGUUGAUUGACCAAUCAUUUGCGCAAAAAGUGGAUUUAAAUUCAAUAUGCAUUGCAAUUUUUUCAAUAAAAUUACAUGGUGCAGUGUCCAACUACUACUAAUUAUAUCAUUUAAGUAUUCUUGACGUUAUUUAUUACGGUUGUACCUACUUGUAGUAUUAUUAUAUUAUUUGCUUUAACACAUAGCUAAUAAGUAGGUGUCCAUUAUUAUAUAAUUUAGUCAUGUGUUCUAUGUUUUUCCCAGUCAUUUUAAUUAAAUGU